AUGGCUCCUGAAAAUAUCUCCCUGGACUCAAAUGAAAACUCACCAAACCAGAGCAGCUGUGAUGUGUUUGUCUACCAAAGAGCUGCAGUGGUCAUCUUCCCUAUUUUCUACUCGGUAGUUUUCAUCAUCAGCGCCUGCAGCAACAGUCUGGUUCUUUAUGUGAUCUGUCAGAGGAAGCAGAAGUUCAAAUCCACCUCCAUCUAUCUGAUCAACCUCGCGUUAUCUGAUAGCCUGUUCACGCUGACGCUGCCUGGCAGAAUUACUUACUACAUCCGCCACUUUGACUGGCCCUUUGGUGAUUUUUUCUGCAGAGUGACUGCGGUUCUCUUCUUUGCAAACACAUAUGCAGGUAUUGGCUUCAUGACCUGCAUCAGCCUGGACAGAUACCUGGUCAUGGUGCAUCCAGAACGACUGCAGUGUUUGCGGAAAGUAAAGGUUGUUCACAUUGUCUGCUGCCUGGUCUGGGCUCUGGUAUUUCUGGAGAUCUUUCCUCUGCUGUUCCACACUGUGCUGCAGAACCACCAGGGAAAACAAACCUGCAUGGAGUACCUAAACUUCGAGGGCUCCCGUUCCACCCCCUAUCUUCUACUUCUGGCUUGCUUCAUCUCCUUCUGCUGCCCGCUCACCGUCAUCGUGGGCUGCUACGCCAAGAUCAACCUGAAACUACGAGGUGCAGCCAAGCAGAACGCCAUAACCGGACGGUCAAGGAGAAAUCACAGGGCCAACACUAUCAUUCUCCUCGUCCUCAUUACCUUUAUCAUAUGCUUCAGCCCUUACCACCUCAACAUCAUGCAGUUUAUGGUUCGAAAAAUAUACCACCAGCCAACCUGUGAAGAACUGCGGGCCUUUAAGACGUCUUUACAGAUUACAGUUUCAUUGAUGAACUUCAACUGCUGCUUGGAUCCAGUCAUCUACUUCUUUGCCAUUAAGACCUACAAGAAGCGGGUGACAAGCCUGUUUAAGGACCAUCUCUAUACUUCCGGUGCCUCCCCCAAAACAACAGCUGACAACAGCAGCAGCAACACCUGAGAGAAACCACAGCUGAGCUCAUAGGACAGUCAUCUAGCAUGAGCGUCACAGAGGAGACCUAGUUUAGCAUGUUAAAGUGAAACGUGUCUAUAUUAGUCUGCUGUGUUGAUUCCGGCUCUGGAAACAACUUAAAUCCUCCUUCAGGAUAUUGCCUCAGUUGUGCGUUUGCAUAUGCUGUUUAUAUCCAUUACAUAUUAGUCAGAAAGAUAAAAUUUAAUCAUCUCCAGCUGAUAAAUAUUCUCUUUAUUUUGUUAUAGUGUCGAUUGCAGUGUUUGUACAGUAUUAACAGUCUAUUGUAUUUUUUCUUUUUUAUGUGGUGGUUUUAUAAGAUUUCUUAUUGUACCAAGAGUGUCAUAUUGUAGUGCAAAAAUCAGUUAAUGUUUAUUACCUCCGCCAGGAGGUUAUGUAAUCACCGGAGUUUGUUUGUCUGUCUGUUUGUUUGUCUGUUAACAGCA